AUGGAUAGCUUGAUCAAGCAAACAAGGAGGAAGCAUCCAGCUGCUCAGGGAAAAACUGGAGAGGUCGGUAGCUCCACCAGAGAGAAGAGAGUGGCAGCAAGGAAGUCUGUUUCAUUCAAAGAAGUCGAUAAGAAGAAGCCCACGAAUUGGCUACAGAAGCAGUUCUCGAGGCAAAUGGACGACCAAAGCUAUGACCCCAUCAGCGACAUGGAUCACGCAACUGCAGUUGCAGCCGCUGCUUAUGCCAUAACCACUUUUGAACAUACUUGGCUAGACAGUUAUCAGAGUGGCCUUCAACAUGGAGCUCCUUUGUCAAGGAGCAAGAGUAGAAGAGAAGAGGAACCGAGAAGCUUAUCAAGAAGAUUCUCAGAACAACUUUUGUUUAUAGAACAAGACCGAAACGAUGACAAACUUCCCACGGUAAAGUCUCCAGUGAGAAAGUCACCGUCGGUGAAAAAGACUCCGACUUUCUCCAUGAACUUGAGAGGUGAUCACACCAAACAGAGUGAAGACUCAGGGGAGAAACAUGAAAGACAAAGAAAACCGGUUUCUGAACCAAUGCGGAUACAACCACCGCAAAGGACACGAUCAGAACGUCGUGCUCCACCACUUCCACCACCUCCUCCUCCUCCUCCAUCACCUCCGCCUCUGCGGCUUCCACCUAGCGAGAUCAAAAGGAAGAGUUCUGGUGAUGAUUCUACAGCUGAUGCUUGGGAAAAAGCAGAGCUAGCUAAGAUCAAAGCAAAGUACGAGAAGUUAAACAGGAAGAUCGAUUUGUGGGAAACGAAGAAGAGGGACAAAGCUCGAAGGAAGCUAGACAAAUCUGAGCAGAGCGAGCUAGAGCAGAGGAGGAAGAGAGGCUUGCAGAGAUUUAGAGAUGACACUGAAUAUAUUGAACAUAUUGCUGCCGGAGCCAGAGCUCAGGCCGAGAAACAAAGACAGAGCGAAGAGGUCAAGGUGAAGGAGAAAACCGGCGUUAUCCGUAGUACCGGUAAACUCCCUGGAAAAACAUGUCUCUGUUUCUGA